CUCGCGAGACGCGCAUCCUUUCCGCGAGAAUCGGCAGAUUUCUAUGGCAGUCAUUUACGUGUCGACUGCGAUCGAGAAUGCCACGUCAAUUGAAACACGUUCACCUGUUAAAUUAAUUGUUGCGUCUGGUUCUAAAGCGAUGUGAUGUGCAAAGGGUGAAGUUGCUCUUGAAAACUGAACUGCGUUUGAUUUAUUACAGGCACUGAAUUGUUACUUUCUCGAAAUGAUACUGCAGAGGUUGUGUGCUCGACGGAUCGGAGGUGUCUUUUUUAAUGCUUUUCUCGUUGGAGCCGUCAUGUUAUUAAUAUGCGAAAAUACCACAAUUGCGGAAGAAGUACCAGCAUUCUUCUUGAAAAUCGCCAAAAUACCAACUUUGCCGAGAGUAGGUCGAAGCGGAAGAUUUGAAGAUUUCUUUUAUAAAGCUGAAAAGCAUAUACCCCGAAUUGGUAGAAGCAAUCAGCACAAACAGUCAACCAACCCUCUAUUGCUGCAAGACGAACAGGAAACUUACUCCGAUUUAACUAAAAGGCGCAUAGAUUAUCCUUCGAAAGUUGAAGAAUGGUCCUGGCAGAACUUUCCUCUAGCAAUCGAAGGUCCAAAAGAACUGUGGCGAGCAUUAGCUGGAUAUUCAAGAGAUGGUAGCGAUGACAUCGAAAAUGAAGUGUGGCAGAGGAAGAAAAGGACUGGAUCAACAAUCACACAAGCAAAAUAACAAAAACCCAGAAAUUAUUUGUCGCUUUGAAGAAGUUAAAUAAUAUACGGCUUUUAUUAUUAUAUGGUGA